CGUCAUCAUUCCGCGACAACUGCAACCGUAAACAGAUACCUGUUGACUGCAGUUGGGGUUUAGCGCUUUGGUAACGGUCAGAAGAGAAUGACAAACCGUGUGUAAAAUGCUGCAACCAGAACUGGUCCAUUUUCUGACCGAGGACCGUGUGUCAGUAAAAAGAUGCGAUGAAGACUGUCCGACAGGAGGCACACAGGAGGUGAGGCAGAGUGAAGCUGUGGAGGAAAAUCCCUUCAGCUUUACCCCGCAGCUCAUCCGCCUGCAUAAGGACCAUGAACUGUUUGAGGAUGGGGAUAUUCAUAGACACAUGUAUCUUCAAGACUUCUGUGUGGCAGAAGCAGAAGACGAACCAGCACUCAGCGUGUCAGAGUUUGCCUGUCACAUCUCUGGCUGUAGUGCAGUCUUCGGCACUUUGGACGAGUAUGAGCACCACUACAACUCCCUGCACAGACAUGUGUGCUGCUCCUGCCGUCGCUCCCUGCCAAGUGCCCGACUACUAGACAUUCACAUUCAGGAGUGGCAUGACUCUCUUUUUGCUGUCCUCUCUCAGAGGCAAGAUAUGUACCAGUGUUUAGUGGAGGGCUGUGGACAGAAGUUCAGGACUAGUAAACACAGGAAGGACCAUCUAAUAAGAAUACACAAGUAUCCUCCAGACUUCAGAUUUGAUAAAACCAAAAAGGACAGAGGAACCCAAGAGACAAGGAGACAGCAGCAGAAAGACACAGCCAUGGAGGUGGUGGACGAUGUGUGUGAGUCCGAGGGUGUGUGUGAGGUUAUGUGUGGCGUGCUGUCCGACCAACCCGAGCACAGGGAAUCCAUGGAGACGCAUGUGUCCGAGGACGAAGCCGUGCACAUGGCAAAGUCUGUAUCUGAGGAGCAUGCAGAUCCUUCUGCUGCAGUUCACGGCGUGGGGAAUACAAGCAUCGAGCCACCAAAACCACGCUUCUCCUACAGGGUCCCUCCAACCGUGUGCUUCGGUCACGGCUCCGUCCGCGGCUUCAGAGGACGACGGGGAAGGAGGAAAUGAAACACCAGAACUGAGCCUCCUGCCUUUUAAGGUGUAAAACCUUUUUGUAACAGUAUGUUUAUAUGUCACUUGUAACUUGAAAUAAAA